UCCGCAACCUUCCACCGGAUGCGUCAGUCGCACGUUGGCCGAUGACGGACGCGCACGGGGUGAAAGUUAACAUAUGUCCGACGGGGGCACGCUAUUUCAGAGAAGGGUUGUUCAGGAAUCGGUGCCGAUGAGACCGUACGGCUAUCGAUGAAAGAAGCAAAUGCCGCGGUGGUAUAAUGGCACUCAGAAAGCCAAUGAAGUACGACGACUCGUAAAAUCACGAAGAUGGAAUUGCGCAACGGCACUCGGAAGAUCUUAACUAUCGUGUGUGCGUUAGCGCACUUAUCUAUGCUCUUUUGUAUUUAUGUUGAUUAUUUGCGUAUGGCCUACACAACGCAGAAAAACAUUCGGCAGAAAACACGGAUCUACAUGAACGCGAAAAACAUUAUGUAUGAAAAUCUCGAUCAGACAAAGAUCGAGGGAAUAUUUCCGGACAGCCGGACAGAUUUGAACUCGAAGCAAUUGCAAACCACAUCACUUCGAAAUUUGAGCGAUACGCUUAAAAAAAGCUUAUUAAAAUAUCAGACGUUUAAACAAGAAAGUCUGAUGCCGAGUCGGCAACUGCCGACCGCUCUCAUAAUUGGCGUGAAGAAAGGUGGAACAAGAGCGCUCUUGGAAUUUCUAAGGUUGCAUCCGGCAAUUCGUGCCGCCGGCUCAGAGGUUCAUUUUUUUGAUCAUCAUUAUAUGAAGGGUUUUCGUUGGUACAGACGCAGAAUGCCACCAACUCUAGACGGACAGAUCACCAUGGAGAAGACACCGUCGUACUUCGUGACGCGAGAGGUACCAAGGAGAGUGAAGCACAUGAAUCCGGGAAUGAAGCUGAUAGUAGUGGUAAGAGAUCCCGUGACCCGCGCGAUUUCCGAUUAUACACAGGUAAAGAGUAAACGGCGCAAAAUGCCGCGUUUCGAGGAUCUGGCCUUUGUCAACAGAUCGAAAAUCGUGAACACGUCGUGGGUGCCACUUAAAAUCGGGGUCUACGUACGACAUCUUGAGAGAUGGCUACAGCAUUUCUCAUUGUCACAAUUUCUGUUUGUAUCGGGCGAGCGUUUAAUCGCCGACCCGGUGAUGGAGAUCACUCGAGUACAGGAUUUUCUGGGCCUGAAGCGGGUGAUAUGUGAGAAACACUUUUAUUUCAAUGCUACCAAAGGUUUCCCCUGUUUGCUCAAGUCGGAAGAUCGUGCGACGCCGCACUGUCUCGGAAAAAAUAAGGGCCGAAGUCAUCCUUAUAUCGAACCCACAGCUGUUCAACGUCUGCGAGAUUUCUAUCGGCCGUUCAAUCAGCGCUUCUACCAGUUGGCAGGUAUGGAUUUCGGCUGGAAUUAAAAUUUAUACAUAUACUGUAUACAUAUCGCAAACAGAAAAACGGAACAGAGUCAAUUUUCAUCUUACAUCAUGUAUUUGCUAUAUUUGUAUAAGCCGAUCUCUAUGAAUAGAGAAAUACAUAUAAUAUAAAUAGAUAAUAUAUAAGAACGAGCCAUUAGUCAAUAGAAUUUGCAUAAAAUUUUCAAAAAUAUACGUUCAGUGUUGUAACUUUUUGUUUCUCUCGGAAAUUUUACUUUUGAAAAGAACUUCUUUAAUCUUAAAGGAAAAGUCCCGAAGUCCUGAAGAAAUUAUAUUUUUUUAUAUUUAAUUAUUUAAA